AUUAUUAUGCAGUAGAAACCUUCAACCCGGUAGUUGCGAGACCUCAGCGCAUUGGCCUUUCUUACCAGGAAGAUAAAAAAGCAAGUUCAAACAACAAUGCAGCGUUCAAGCCGCAGCAUCCGUUCGUAUGUGCGGAUCAAAAACAGAUCCCGCGCAAAAACGCUCUUUUGCCUCCUUUCUCCUCACACCACCACAAUCAGGCAGACUGUUGCUGCUGCCUUGAAACAAGUCGCGAAAAGUCACUUCGCGAUCAGCGUCUCCUUGGUUUAUCUCCUUAUCUUUCCUUCUUCCCCUUGGUUAGCGAUAUUAGGAGUGUGGAUCGAGCGGGCAGUUACAACGACCGACAACGUUAAUGCAGAUGGUCUGUUAGUCGUUCAAACAUCGCGAGUUCUGUUCAAGUCCGCGUAGCAGUCUGAAGUGUUGCAUGAAACAAGGAGUCGCCUCGGGA